UUUUCUCUUCUUUCUCUCUUGCUAGGUGUUUCAGGGAACUCUAAGAGUGUUUGGGGUGCCAUCGUGGAGACGGCAGGAGUGUGGCAGGGAGAGAAGCAAACAAGCUGUUGAGCACCCCAGAUCUAAGCUUUGUGGUCAGACACCCUCUCAUUUCCUACCCCGUGGCCGCCUAGUUAACUGCAGUAUCCAUUCCAAUGACUACGAGUCAUAAGGUCAGAAGGCUCUAGGAUGCUGACAAUGGCUUUGGAAACGGGAGCGGGGCCUGGCGGACAGCAGGUCACUCUGCAGGCCAGCCUCCCCGCGAUUUCGCACCACUCCGCAUCAGCUCUAUGACGAGACACGUGCGCCCCUCCAAAGGGAAGUGUAGCCUUCUAAGGGAGACAGCCCCGGGAUUGGAUGCUGACGUUCCCUCCAGGAAGAACAUAGAGGUCUCCCUCCCAAAUGGAUGUACAGUCCUGGCUGGGACCAUGAAGACCUUAGUCCCAGCUACUCGGGAGGCUGAGGAAAGAGAAUCGCUUGAGCCCAAGAGUCUGAGGUUGCCGUGAGCUAUGACGCCAAAGUACCCUACAAGGAGCUACAAAGUGAUACUCCAACUCGGGGGGGGGGAAUGGCUUCCGGCCUAGAGCGGAGGCGGGGCAAGCCUUGGUCCCUUCUCAUUGGACGUUCCCGGGUUCUAGUCAGGAUCUGAAUUAAACAGAGGCGGAGCUUGGUGACGAGCUUCCGCCGGGUUGCGUAGCAGCGGUAGGCGGGACAAAGGAUCUGUCUGAGACCGCGACAAGUGGUCGGAACCUUCUUUCCUUUCCUUCCCUUUCCCUUCCCAGGAAAGGCUGAGACCCGGCACCCGGGCUGUCCCGUGGACGCUGCGGCUUCAGCUCCAGCCAGGCCAGGGAACCGAGUCCGGGCUGCGUCCAGGGCGGUGUGUACUGCGCCUGCGCGGGCUUCCACUUAAUAAAGGAGUGCUUCUGAUUGUGACUUCACAUCCAUCCCCUUGGCAAUGGAGCUUGUCACUAGGAAGGAAGACUCAGUCGGACAGUAGCCAACAAGAUGGGUUACUGGGAACAUCUCCUGAGUGGCACUGAGUGGAGGCAUCAGGGGGUUGGAGCCUUGUGAACAGGGACCUCCCCCCAACACUUGGAAGGACCUGGGUUUCAGUGAUGAGACAUGGGGUAUGAUGUAACCCGUUUCCAGGGGGAUGUUGACGAAGACCUUAUCUGCCCUAUUUGCAGUGGAGUCUUGGAGGAACCAGUACAGGCACCCCAUUGUGAGCAUGCUUUCUGCAACGCCUGCAUCACCCAGUGGUUCUCUCAACAACAGACGUGUCCAGUGGACCGUAGCGUUGUGACGGUUGCCCACCUGCGCCCAGUACCGCGGAUCAUGCGGAACAUGUUGUCGAAGCUGCAGAUUGCCUGCGACAACGCUGUGUUUGGCUGCAGUGCUGUCGUUCGGCUUGAUAACCUCAUGUCUCACCUCAGCGACUGUGAGCACAACCCUAAGCGGCCUGUGACCUGUGAACAGGGCUGCGGUCUGGAGAUGCCCAAAGAUGAGCUGCCAAACCACAAUUGCAUUAAGCACCUGCGCUCAGUGGUACAGCAGCAGCAGACACGCAUUGCAGAGCUGGAGAAGACAUCAGCGGAACACAAACACCAGCUGGCAGAACAGAAGCGAGACAUCCAGCUGCUAAAGGCAUACAUGCGUGCAAUCCGCAGUGUCAAUCCCAACCUUCAGAACCUGGAGGAGACAAUUGAAUACAAUGAGAUCCUAGAGUGGGUGAACUCCCUUCAGCCAGCAAGGGUGACCCGCUGGGGAGGGAUGAUCUCAACCCCAGAUGCUGUGCUCCAGGCUGUAAUCAAGCGCUCCCUGGUGGAGAGUGGCUGCCCUGCCUCUAUUGUCAACGAGCUGAUUGAAAACGCCCACGAGCGUAGCUGGCCCCAGGGUCUGGCCACACUAGAGACAAGACAGAUGAAUCGGCGCUACUAUGAGAACUACGUGGCCAAGCGCAUCCCUGGCAAGCAGGCUGUGGUGGUGAUGGCCUGUGAAAACCAACAUAUGGGCGAUGACAUGGUGCAAGAACCGGGGCUCGUCAUGAUAUUUGCUCAUGGUGUGGAGGAGAUAUAGAACUCAACCGGCUAUCAGGAAGAGAUGGAAACAAGAAAAUCCCAUUGCUCCAGCAACUGGAUCCCGAGUCCUCCCACCAUCCUUAAAAUACUGUGGCUUAUAUUUGAGCCAUACAUCUCCUGCUCUUCUGGCACUGAAGAGCCCUGGGGUACUUUGCUCAGCCUUUCAGAUGGGAAACCUAGAUUUCCUCCUUUUGCCAUAUUUCUUCCCCUAAAAUAUCUGUAAAUUCUCGGUCUGAGUGGGAAAUCUCCACCUGUAUCCACUGUUCUGCCUAGGGUCCUGAUUCUGGCUAUUUUCAGAAAGCACAAAGAGAUUGGUUUUCCUUAGCAGAUCAGGAUGGAGUGAGGAAUUUAAACAGUCCCUUUCCUCCAAAACCACGGAUCAGAGUAGGCAGGCCUGUGGACUUCAAGCAACAUGUAGAGGGCAGCUCUGGGGAGCAGACAUCCUUAGGAAAGGUAAAGGUAGAGCCAACACCCUACAAACAGGGAGGCUUGUGACUGGCCAUCACUGACAGCCCUUAGGAGGAGACUACUGGACCUCUGUGCCAAGCAUCCUGUCCAGCCCACCUUAAAAGUGCAGGCUCCCGCCGGGCUUUUGAGUCUACAGGUUGGGAUGCCGAAAAUUUCCAGAUUUCUUCUUUCCUACACUUUUCAUCAUUAGGGAAUGGCAGGGUGGGGAUUAGGGGUUAAUCUCUUUGGGUUUCUGUGUUCAGCAAGAAGCUGCUGUCUGGCUUUUGCUGAAAUGGCAUAGGUCCUGCCUCUUGUGGCACAGGCCGUCAUUGUUCCACAGUCCCCUCUCUAGCCCUGUGAAUGUAGUUGGUUAUUUUGAUAAUUUUGCCAUUAUUUGUUAUAUUUCACAAGCCCCACCCUCUCUCCACUUUUUUUUUUUUUUUAGAAUGGCUUGGUUAUGGCUACCCCACUUUCUAGCCCAGCCACAUUGUUGGCUAUUUAAUUUAUUAUUUUUUUUUUAAAGAAAGGAAAAAAGAAAAAAAUCAAAACUAAAAACUUUUCUUUUGCCAUUCCUAUUGUGGGUAUUCUGGAUAGGGUGGGACAGGGUUAGGGUCUGUUUUAUAUUUUUCCUUUUUGGCGCACGCAACCUUUGGCUUUAAUAUAGGAAGAGCCAAGAGAGUCCUUGGCUGAACUUAUCAUGAUGUCUGUCCCAACCCUCCAAAACCCUGAAAUGAGGACCUUCCUCUACUCCCUUGAUGAAUGUGACAGUUGUUAUGAAUAUGAAUGCUUGUACCCUCUGGAAAGUUUGUUCCUAGCCUUUCCAGGGUCUCAUCAUAAAACUCUAGAGUUAGAGCAUUAAUUUUGAAGGCAAGCAGCACCCGCCUUCCGCCCCUACCACCAAGUUUCCUUGGAGCUAUAUAGCUGGGUUUACUAGCUAAAUGAGAUAGAAAUUAUAUUUCUGUAUCUCUAAGUACAAACUGUGCUGGGCAUCAUCCACACACAUCCCCCCCCAUUCCCCGGGACUGAUUAAAGUGGACUUUAGCUCCACUCCAGGCUCCUGGGGCAUCCCUUGAUUCCUAGGGUGAUUAGCAAAGUGAGAAGGAAAGGGACAGUAGGUAUGAUUAUUUUAAUAUGCAGAUGAGAUUAGGGUUGGAGAAAGUAAGUCUCCUCCCUACAAUAUAAUGGCUUCUCUUCUUUUGGGAGUUUUCCAGGCCAGCUUGCUGUAGGCCUGGAAAGUUGGGCCAUGGCUCCACUGAGAUUAGGGUGGAGGGAUACAAUUUGAGGGGAGUAGGGAACAGUCAUACGUCCCAGCUCCAGGACACUGUGCUCAGGAAUUUGAAAACGCUGCUAUACUUAGUCUGGUCACUACAUUUCCUCCACUCCCCUGCUCCUGCCUGCCUUACCAAGGCCCGUACUCUCCUGUCCUUACCCUCAGAUGGAGCCAGGAAGCUCAGUUAAGGCUUCCCUUACACUAGUCUCUGCAGGUGCUGGUUGUAGUGUACGUGCUGUUCCAUGGUGUUGACUAUACUAAUAAUAAACCUUUCACCCAACUCU